CUCUCAGCACCCUGCUGCUGCUUUCAAUGGAGCUUGUCAAAAGCCGGUUACAACACUGUGCUGACUUUUUCUGUACUUCAUUUAGGUUACGUGACACUAGCAAGCCCAUUGUGAUUUAACGUGCUGAUUUUUUGUCAGUAACACCAGAAAACCUUGAAAAAAGCCACCUUCUUAUGAAUUGAUAACGCCCUGUUCUAUAGCUCGCUCGUCGCCUCUAUCGAUCUGGACUGUUUAUAGCCACAGUUUGCCCGUAAGGAAGCGAGCACAAUGAAAGAUGCAAGCUGAGGCUCGAAAGAAGCCCGUCAUGUACUCGUUUUAGGCUUCAUCGUCCAGCCAGCAGCAGUUACGAAGUACCGAAACCGGCAGACAGACAGAAAGAAAACCCCCGUGUGUGCACUGCUCCCUGGGUGAAGAAUGACUGAGUAUAAGCUGGUGGUGGUGGGAGCUGGAGGCGUGGGCAAAAGUGCUCUCACCAUUCAACUCAUCCAGAAUCAUUUUGUGGACGAAUACGACCCAACCAUAGAGGACUCCUACAGGAAGCAGGUGGUGAUUGAUGGAGAGACAUGCCUACUGGACAUCCUGGACACAGCAGGUCAGGAGGAGUACAGCGCCAUGAGGGACCAGUAUAUGAGGACAGGAGAGGGCUUCCUCUGUGUCUUUGCCAUUAAUAACACCAAAUCUUUUGAGGACAUUCACCACUACAGAGAGCAGAUUAAGAGAGUGAAGGACUCUGAGGACGUCCCCAUGGUGCUAGUGGGCAAUAAGUGUGACCUGCCGUCCCGCACGGUGGAUACUAAGCAGGCUCAGGAUUUAGCACGCAGCUAUGGAAUUCCCUUCAUCGAGACCUCAGCAAAAACAAGACAGAGAGUGGAGGAUGCCUUUUACACUCUGGUCCGGGAGAUCAGGCAAUACCGACUGAAAAAACUCAGCAAAGAAGAAAAGACGCCACGCUGCAUCCAGCUUAAAAAAUGUGUUGUGAUGUAAGAGGGGGUGUUGAUGACGCCUUUUACACAUUGGUCCGGGAAAUCCGAAAGCACAAGGAGAAGAUGAGCAAGGAAGGCAAGAAGAAAAAAAAGAAGUCCAAGACAAAGUGUAUACUAAUGUGAAUAACACCUCCGUUUCAGUAUCGACUCUGAACAGCUGAAAUAUUAAAGAACUGCAUUUUGUACAUUACACUAAAUUAUUAGCCUCUUCAACAUACACAAUGGAUUCCCAUUUUCCUUCAUUUGUUAUCUUACAAACAAAUAAGCUUUUUCUUGUCUGGUGCCAGUUGCCCCAAAGUGUUGGUCCUGCAUUACCAUAUACUGUAAAAUGUGAUUAUAUAAUGUCACAGUCAAUAUUCUAAUUUUGUUUUCUGUUAGGUUUAUUUUUCCCUGAAAGGCUGGAAAUCCCCAAGAUAUUCAUGAAGGAUUUCAUUAAGAAGGAAAACACAGGAAAAAAGCAAAAGGCAAUGCACUGGCAGCACAUACAGUUCUUUGCUUCAUGGAAAUAAGUGCAUAAGUAUGAUGUGAGGCUAGGGCUGUGAUGAGAACUUUUGCGCGUUGCAAGACAUGCAGUGAAAUUUUACGUUUAAUAAUUGUGCUAGUGAUGGUUUGACAAACCAUGACGGCUUAGUUUUCUGCACCCUUUUGAUCUUUUGUUUUUUUUUUUAUAGUGUUGUUUAAUGGAUUCCAUAAUUUGGAAAACCUCUCUGAUUUGGUUGUUUGUAAAAUAGGGCAUCCAUUAUAAUCUCAUCAUAUCGACGCAUCCUUAACUCGGACCAACACUGGGGUGAAUUUUGAUAUCUCCACCAGUAUGUAACAGAAGAUGCGAGUCCCUGUAUUGGGAUGUCACAGAGUUGCAUGUGAACUUCCAUUGUAGACCAAGUCCACAUCUAAGCCUUUGAUGGUAUGUGGGUGGUAAUCACUUAACCUUGAUGACCUGUUUCAUUUGCAUGCUGUUCUUUUGUGUAAUCUCCUGGGGAAAUUUAAGGAGAUUAAAAAAAAAAAAAAAUACUGUAUUAAACAGCCAAUGUUGUCAGAGUUGGGAAGUUUUACCCGUUGGGUCUGUAACGUGCUGACAUCAUGUUCUUUCACAGUGUUGGGUAGUUUAAUGACUUUCCACAUGUUGAUCUCAUUUUGAUAUUGAGCUUAGAGACUGACAAUAAGAACUAGAAUAAAGGGUGAAAUGGUAGAGUAAAAAUCUGUUUAGAAUGUUGGUUUGUCAGGCUUUCCAUUGAGGUUUGUGGUUAUAGAAUUUCUAAUGAAGUUUUGAACCAGCUGAGGCUUCUGAAUGCUCCUCUCUUAGAGGCAGAGGAUGUUUUAGUUAAGAUUUUAAGAUUUACCCUUUUGUGCCCAGCCAAACAGCCUCUGGAUAGAGUAAGAUGUGUUUCUCUUUUCUCUCUGAGGAGGAUAUUAAGAUAUCAACCACUAGUAACAAAUUAUGACGAUUAUGUAUCUACUGAUGCAAAUAUACUUUUGCAGGGGGCGGGCAAAUAGACCAACCAAAUGCCUUGUCUAAAAGUGCUGCCAUAAAGAUAUUCACACUUGCUUUGCAGAAGCCCAACUCACAACUCUAGUUGCUAACUUCUUUUAUCUGUCAUCAACUGCAUGUUUUCUGAGACUGGGUGAAUGAGUGAACGUAUGGCGUGUAGUCUACUUUUUCAAAGUCUUUCCAGAAUUGGUUCUACAGGGCUGCCUUUCACGGUUCAUUUAAAACCUGAAAGGCUGACGUGAACAUUAAUGGCAAUACAUACCGUAAAAUGACAUUUCAGAAGCAGUAGAGGUUAAAAACAAUGUUGCCUUCUUUUGGUUUUGAGUUCAUCUGUUUUUUUUUUUUCUAAUACCAUGGGUCCUUAAUCAUUGAUAAUCCUUUUUGCUUAUACCCAUUAUAUUACAUGAGUGAAAUUGUCUGAUUUAUUGCUAAUGCUGCAUCUGAAGGAGGCUAACACAAACAAAAAUCAGGAUAAAAACAUUAUUAUGCAAUGUUAAUGCAGGUAAAGGGUAUUUUAAAGUUUUGUUACCUCUUUCCCUUUAAAAUAAGGUAACUUAAUAGCACUGUAAUCAAAUUAGCCGUAGAGAGUGUGGAAAUGUCUGUGUUCUCUCUUCUUUCUCUUCUUUCUCUUGUUUUCCUGCCCCCCCUUCUGUUUUUGGUGUGCCAAUAGUAAAAUGUAUUUUAACAACCUUUGUACAGUUGUGAUACUGAAAGAUGGAUAUUUUGUAAAUUGUGCUUCAAUUUUGUUUGUUGUUUAAAAUGAAUGUCAUUUUAAAAGAGUUGAAAGAGGCACUCUCUGUGUAAGUGACUGGUAUGUGUGUGUGUGAAUGUGAGUGAGAGAGAAGCUCUUGGUUUGUGAGUGCAUGUGUGAGUGACCACUGUUCUAACCCCUUACUGAACUUCACUCAGCGUGGUGAUUCCCAGAUCAAAGUACUUUUUUUUUAUGCCAUUAUUUCAAUGAGUCAUAUUUAAUGUAUAAUAAACUGAUACAGAUCCGGCCGCUAGCCUCUGGAUUUGCUCGGCUUUUUGAAGGAAAAAGUAGUAUUCCAUCAUUAGAAAGAAAUUGGAUUCUCCUAGGUUCAGGCUGUUUUUAAAGGCUAUAUCAGAGGAACUAGGCCUUGGGAAAUGUUUUUUUUCUUUCUGGUACCUGCAUUUCCACUACAGUCCAGCAGAGAGCAGUGUUCUCACAUAUUAUGGAAACUACACCAUCUUACAGGCCAACAUUAUGCUCUCCUCCAUUGGAUUAAAGCUACACUCAUGAAAAUUCCCUGAUUUAAUCAAUGGCACGGUAUCAUCCCUCAAAGGUUGGCGGCCUAAUUAAAUAGACCGUAUUAAAUUAAAUUCUGAACUAGUAUUGGAUUUGGAUAUAAAGCUUUAUAUCUGGUGCUGAGAUAAAUAGGCAUUGUUCAAGAUUAGUUUAUCAGGUAAGCCCACACUUUAUUCAAUCUGGUAAAACAUUUGCCAUUAAUAACACACCAAUUAUGUUGUAAUCAAUGUAAAGAAUGUGUUGUAUGUUGUAAAAUGCUUUUCUUUUAUUAAAAUAUAAAUGAUG